UUCCAGGUAACAUAUACAGUAUACAGUAUAUAAACUGAAAGCAGAGUGAAACAUUGAACAUUUUCUGUCCUGUAACUUUGGGAGUAAGUUGAAAUUGAGUCGGUCCGAAAGGUUUAAACCUCGUCCUUUUCUAAAUGCGAAGUAUCUUCUGGCUCAACUCAACAUGGAUCUCAAUAAACUUCAUAAGAUUGAUGAGGAGCUUACAAAGAGUGAAGUUGCAGCUCUGAAGUUUCUCUGCAUGGAUCACCUUGGCAGGAAACGACUGGAGUCUGUGAAGGAUGCGAAAGAUCUGUUCCUCCGGUUCACAGAGCAAGAUUUGCUCAUGGAUAAACUCUUUCUCCCUGAUCUGCUCUACACUAUUAGACGUUAUGACCUUCUACCCAUCCUGGACACUAACAAAACACAUGUCAGCAAGCAGUUGGAAUAUCAGAGCUCUGGUGUUUCAUUGUACAGAAAGAUGCUGUAUGAGCUGUCUGAAAAUGUAACAGAUGAAAACCUUCGUGACAUAAAGUUCCUUCUGCACAACCUACCUAAAGCAAAAAUGGCUUCUGCUACUUUUUUGGAGGUCCUAGCUGAGAUGGAGAAAACGGAAAUGCUUGGAAAAGACAACCUGGGUGCACUAGAACAUGUUCUGAGUAAUUGUAGUAAAGAGCUAGCUUAUAGGGUACAGAGAUUCAAGAAGGCAAGUGAGAUAACGAAUCCUGUUUACAUCUCAACACCAGGUCAGGAUGAAGAAAACCAUCUGCCUGUACAGCCUCAGGAUGAAUUUCUGCCUAAUAUGUCCAUAGCAGAAACAAACCCAGAAUUCUCCCCAGUGACCAGUUCCUUGUCCAUUGAGAGUAUGGACACAGACUCUCAAAAAUUUCAAGCCUCCGAAACAUCACCAGCAAAUGAAAUCAAUGUGGAUGACUGUUAUCCCAUGACCCAGCGGCCUGUAGGAUAUUGUCUGAUUAUUAACAACCACAUCUUUCACCCGAGCUCUAAUCUCGGUGAAAGGAAAGGGACACAUGCAGAUAAAGAUUCACUUACUGAAGUAUUCCAGAGAAUGCAUUUCAAAGUGGAAGAAAGAAGAGAUCUAUUGAGUUCAGACAUGCUGAAAACUGUGAAGGAGUUUUCAGAGAAGGACCACUCCAAAAUGGAUGCCUUUGUGUGCUGCAUCCUCUCACAUGGUGAGAAGGGCACCGUGUUAGGGACUGACGGAAAACCUGUUCUGAUCCGUGAUCUCACAAAACCAUUUGCCUGCUGUAAGAUGCUCACUGGCAAGCCCAAACUCUUCUUCAUUCAGGCAUGUCAGGGCAAUAAGCUGCAGAGUGUGUGGGAUGAAGACGGAACGGAAGAUGACCAGUUUGAGUAUGAUGCUGAAAGAGCUGUUCUCAAAAGUGUCCCUAUUGAAGCAGACUUCCUCAUUGGUAUGGCAACUGUGGAGUCCUACAAAUCUUUCCGUCACGUAAAAACCGGAUCCAUUUUCAUCCAGGAGUUGUGCAAAUACCUGCAGUUAGGCUGCAGUAGAAAUGAAGACAUCCUGUCAAUACUAACGAGGGUAAACAGCAGCGUGAGUGAGAAAGAGUUAAAUUAUUGCAAGCAGAUGCCUGAGCCUCGCUACACUCUUACUAAGAAACUGGUGCUGCCUAUGGACUGAAUGGCUUGCAGUUUUUCUGUCUUCCGUUACAUUUGCUUAUACUUUCUCUUUAAAGGAUUUAAUCCUGAUUCAUCAUGGAUUCUUUUUUUUUUUUUUUUUUAGGUGCCUAUAUUUUUAAAAUUGCACCAUCUAAUUUAAUAGGAAAGCAGGCCAGUGUGUUCUGCUCUUGCAAUUCUGAUUAUUUUUGUUCUAAAUUACUUUUGUAAAGGUACCCAAUCAUUUGAUUGGCAAAAUUUGUUCCAGGGUCUUUCAGUUGUUUGGACACAUUUGGAUAAGACAUUCUCAGACAUGGACGUAUGACCAUGUCUUUUAACCAUCGGUGAAAUGGGAAAACUAUUUUUUGCUGAGCCUUUUACACUCUCAGCAGUAACUUUCAUUAUUUUUGAAUCUUUAACUGAAUUUAGAUUAUCUGUAUUAGAAAUCCUGAACUGUUUACAUUUAUAUCAAGAUGAGAAAGUUAUAGUAAUACUGAAUAUAGAUCCUGCUAAUGUUUGAAUAAGAUUUUAUAAAUCUAUGAGGGUGAAUCAAAUGCAGGCCUUAAUUUCAGUGGGUGUACAUGAUGAACUGAUAUCUAUAUGUAUACAUAGUGUUAGAAGAAAUCCUGUUAAAAGCUUGAACACUUGCACUGAUCAAAACAGACACAAAUGAUGUACUUUUGUGUCAGUUAUUUUUAAUAAACAAUGAAAAAUAAAACAAUAUGGUGUGUAUCUGAGUCACCCUCAUAUUAAUUCAUUCAUCCAUUGCCCCCCAACAACAUUUAAAGUAAUUUGUAGAUAUGUAUGAUGUUAAAUAAAAUAAUUUGAUCUAUAAUGAAAUGUAUAAAUUAUAGGAUGUGAUAGAUAACAAUGAUGACAAAAUCCUGUCUAUAUUUCGUAAAAAAGGUUUUAUUUUAAUAAACAGAUUUUCCCCCUAA